AGCAAACCAGUAGAAAACUAAAAUAACAAAUCUUUUUUUUUGUAACUAAAAAUAACAAAUCUUGAUUACAAAAAUGGCAAUAAUAAUGGAGAAGAGAACGGUAAUGAUGAUGGUAUUUAUGUUGAUGGUGAUUCUGGCGUGGCAGAACGAAUGCCAUGGAUGGGAAGCAGCAGAGGAUAUUGUCAGAAAUGAAUCAGAGCAUUCUAAAAACGCUGCUGGAACCGUCACAAACAUGGCGGCCAAGGCAACUCGUGAUGCCAAUGACAAAACCGCAUCUUGGACUGGUUGGGUUUCUGAUAAAAUCUCAACAGGAUUGGGAAGCAAGAAAGAGGAAGCAAAAGAAGCGGCUGAAUCUGCAAAGAACUACGCCUAUGACAAUGCCGGUUCCGCCUAUGACAAUGCAGGAUACGCCAAGGACUUUGUAUCUGAUAAGGCCGGCUCUGCUUACGACAGUGCUCAAAAUGCAAAGGGUUAUGCGUAUGAGAAGGCCACUGAUGCAAAGGAUAUGGUCUAUGACAAAGCGGGUCAAGCCAAGGAUAUGGUCUAUGACAAAGCUGGUAGAGCCAAGGACACGGCUUCUGACAAGACUGGAUCAGCCUACGACAAGGCCGGUCAAGCCAAAGACACAGCAUACGACAAGGCUGGCCAAGCUAAAGACAUGGUUUAUGAUACCGCAGGUUCAGCCUACGACAAGGCCGGCCAAGCCAAGGACAUGGCCUACGACAAAGCAGGAUCAGCCUACCACAAGGCCGAUCAAGCCAAGGAUAUGGUCUCCGACAAAGCAGGAUCAGCCUACGACAAGGCCGGUCAAGCCAAGGACAUGGUCUACGACAAGGCCGGUCAAGCCAAGGACAUGGUCUACGAGAAGGCGGCUCAAGCAAAGGAAAAGGCCGGUCAAGCCAAGGACAUGGCCUACGACAAGGCCGGUCAAGCCAAGGACAAGGCAGGUCAAGCCAAAGAUAUGGCUUAUGACAAGGCUGGUCAAGCCAAAGAUAUGGCCUAUGACAAGGCUGGUCAAGCCAAAGAUAUGGCCUUCGACAAAGCUGGAUCAGCCUAUGACAAGACUGGUCAAGCCAAGGACACUGUGUAUGACCAAGCAGAUGAUGUGAUUAGAAUGGCUACGGAUAAGAGUGAUGAAGCUAAAGAAAUAGGUUAUGGAACAUACGAAAGAGCAAAAGAAGGGUCCAAAAAUGCUAAAGACGUUUCAUUUGAAAAAGCUCGUGACGUUAGAGAAACUGGGGGGCAAGCGAUGGACUAUAGUAAAGACAAAGCAGCAGACGCGUACGGAUUAGGGAAUGAAGCUGCCGGGAAAUUGGAGGAGGAAAUGUAUAAAGUUUGGGAAAGGUAUGGUGCAGCAAAGGAUUCAACGUCGGAGAAGGCAAAAGAAGCUUAUGAGAGUGCAAAGGAGAAGGCUUCUGAGGCUACUGGAGAGUACGGUGCAUAUUUAAGGGACCAUAGUGUUGAGCUUUAGAACCGGAGAAAUUAUACACGUAUAGGGGUUGGAUGAGACUUCAGAUCUUUCUCGUGAAAUCUACAUGGAACUGCUUUGUUUUUGUUGAAAAUGCAUUCUGACGG